AUGGGCACGUGGUGGCCGCUGCUGCUGCUGCUCUUGGGCUCCGCGGGCGCCCGCGCGCACGACCCCGACGACGGCGACUACGAGGAGCUGGUGCUGGCCCUGCGGUCCGAGGAGGACGGCCCGGCCCACGCGGCCCAGUAGGUGGCCACUGCCACCUUCCGCCGCUGCGCCAAGGAUGCCUGGAGGCUGCCAGGCACCUACGUGGUGGUGCUGAGGGAGGAGACCCCGCACUCGCAGCCAGAGCACACUGCCCGCUGCCUGCAGGCCCGAGCCGCCCACCAGGGCUACCGCGCCGAGAUCCUGCGCGUCUUCCACGGGCUCUUCCCCGGCUUCCUGGUGAAGAUGAGCAGUGACCUGCUGGACCUGGCCCUGAGGCUGGCCCACGUCCAGUACAUCGAGGAGGACUCCUUCGUCUUUGCCCAAAGCACCCCAUGGAACCUGGAGCGCAUUAUGCCUGUGCGGCCCCAGGAGGAUGAGUACCACCCCCCCACCGUGCCCUGGAAGGACGGAGCCGGCCCGGUGGAGGUGUACCUCCUGGACACCAGCAUGCACAGCGGCCACUGGGAAGUUGAGGGCAGGGUCACAGUCACCGACUUCGAGAAUGUGCCCGAGGAGGACGAGACGCGCUUCCACAGACAGGCGGACAAGUGUGACAGCCACAGCACCUACCUGGAGGGUGUGGUCAGCAGCCAUGAUGCUGGCGUGGCCAAGGGCACCAGCCUCCGCGUGCUCAACUGCCAGGGCAAGGGCACGGUGAGCGGUGUCCUCGCAGGUCUGGAGUUCAUUCGGAAGAGCCAGCGGGCCUAGCCCACCGGGCACUUGGUGAUGCUGCUGCCCUUGGCAGGAGGGUACAGCUGGGCCUUCAACGCCGCCUGCCAGCACCUGGUGAGGACUGGGGCGGUGCUGGUGGCCGCUGCCGGCAACUUCUGCGACGACGCCUGCCUCUACUCCCCAGCCUCGGCUCCCGACGUCAUCACAGUUGGGGCCACCAAUGCCCAGGACCAGCCAGUGAUGGGGGUCCUGGGGACCAACUUUGGCUGCUGUGUGGACCUCUUUGCCCCAGAGGGUGACAUCAUUGGCACCUCCAGUGACUGCAGCACCUGCUACACCUCGCAGAGUGGGAUGUCGCAGGCCGCGGCACAUGUGGCUGGCAUCGUGGCUGUGAUGCUGACCGCUGAGCCAGAGCUCCCCCUGGCCGAGCUGAGGCAGAGGCUCAUCCACUUCUCUGCCAGAGGCGUCAUCAACGCGGCCUGGUUCCCCAAGGACCAGCGGGCGCUGCCCCCCAACCUGGUGGCCACACUGCCGCCCCAUGCCCCAGGAGCACGUGGGCAGCCGCUCUGCAGGACCGUGUGGUCGGCGCGCUCGGGGGCCCUGCGCACGGCCAGCACCCUGGCCCGCUGCGCCGCGGACGAGGAGCUGCUGGGCUGCUUCGGCCUCGCCGGGAGCGGGAGGCGGCGGGGCGAGCGCAUCCAGACCCAGGGCCGCAGGCGGGUCUGCCUGGCCCACAAUGCAUUUGGGGGUGAGGGUGUCUACGCCACUGCCAGGUGCUGCCUGCUGUCCCGGGCCAACUGCAGCAUCCACACGGCUCUGCCAGCCCAGGCCAGGAUGGAGACCCAUGCCCGCUGCCAGCAGCAGGGCCAUGUCCUCACAUCGCCGCGAGGUCAGCGCGCCCCGUGUGUGGGCCGCAAGGAGGCCAGCGUGCACGCUUCCUGCUGCCGCGCCCGGGGGCUGGAGGGGCUGGAGUGCCGAGUCCGGGAGCGCGGCCUUCCAGCACCAUCGCAGCAGGUCACCGUGGCCUGUGAGGAGGGCUGGACCCUGACCGGCUGUGGGGUCCUCCCCGGGGCCCUCCGCACCCUGGGGGCCUACCCAGUGGACGACACGUGUGUGGUGAGGAGCUGGGACCCCGGCACAGGAGGUGGCACCGGGGAGGAGGUGGCGACAGUGAUGGCCAUCUGCUGCAGGAGCUGGCCCUCAGUGGAGCAGGCCCCCUGGGAGUCCCAGUGA